AGGAAUUGGCUUCAUUUCAGUGACUUCGUAGCGGCCGAAAUGGCGUUGGUUUGCAGGUCGGCAAUAAUGGCGGAUUCGAGAACCGUCGCUUCUCGAUCCAGAGCAUUAACCCAAGUAGCUGUUACCUUAAAGCCCAUAUCUUUUAUUAUUUCUUCUCCGUCAACAAGAGCUCUCCUCCCCUGCGCUUCAAGGUUUGUUACGGUCUUGGGAAGUAUGGACUCAUUGGUGCCCCUCCAUAGUGCCAUUGCAUCUGCUCGGCUCAUAUCAAACAUCGCUAUUGAUUCAUCCUAUUGGAGUUGCCUCUCUCAAGGAUUUGCAACACCCUUGUGAAAACGAUGACUGGAUUGCCUUGAACAAUAAUGGAUAGGAUUCAUUUUCUGUAUCUAUGUCAAAGGAAAACAAAAUGCUCUAGUCUUGGAUAAUUUGGUCUUUGUAUUCUAAUAUUUGACGGUGUAUGCAGACUUGUUGACUGAGGUUAUUGAAUCUUGUAUUUCACUUAUUCUGAUAGACUUUGAACUAGGUAGUGUGAAUUUAGAAUGGAGAGGAGAGAAGCUUUUCAGUUUUGCUCCAAGCUCUAGCAGUUAACCAUUAAAGCUUAGUGAAACAUUUCUCUUUUGUUCUUUUCAAACUUAAUUUGGAGAGAUUGGAUGCCGCGCUAUGUUACUUAUGGGCAGCAGCUUUGUGGCAUCCUUAGUAUUGCUACGUUAUGUUAUUAAUUGAUGGUCAGGAACUCAGGAUGCAUUGUAGGUUGUAUUUAUGGUGCGAAGUGUCAUUGAGAAUUAAUAUAUGAAGUUGUUUCCU